GACACACCGCAAACGGCGUUUUACUUAAAUUAUCAGUAUUCGCCUACCUGUCAAAGUCAGCUUUCCACGCCAGCUUUCCGUCGCGACCUUUCAGUUCGGGGCAUCUGUAUCACACUGCGCAUUCCGUGAACCAUUAUCAAAUUGGAUUGCACGUCUUAGCACGAUGAAUGGAGCUGCAACUGAGUCGCGGGCGAUGCAACUCCCAGGAGCAAGGGAGCUACGUGGACCGGGGAUGUUGACGUUUGCUGCGAGUACGCUUGGAUUACAGCCACCCAUGUGUGCUGCCAUGGCACAUAUGCGCGUUGUCGCGGCGUCGCCCGCUGAGUCCACUGCGACGACAACUAGGCCAGCGCCGAGCCCGAAGCCGCUGGGCCAGGUCCUUGCGGACGCAGGCAACAAGGCGCUAGGAGGCGGCUUGCCAGGCAUGGCGGCCAUGGCCACGCAGGUGCUGUCGCUCAUGUGGCUGCGCACCACCAUCAACUACCAGUACAGGUACGGCACGGACACCACCACGGCGCUGCGCACGCUGUACAAGGAGGGCGGCGUGCGGCGCUUCUACCGCGGCCUGCUGCCAGCCAUGGUGCAGGGUCCGCUCAGCCGCUUCGGCGACACGGCUGCCAACGCUGGCACGCUGUCGCUGCUGGACGCCUACCCCUCCACUGCGGGCCUGCCGGUGGGGGUCAAGACGCUGGUGGCCUCCACCGCCGCCGGCUGCUUCCGCGUGCUGCUGAUGCCCGUGGACACAGUCAAGACAAUCAUGCAGGUGGAGGGCAAGGACGCGGUGGCGGCGCUUUGGCGCAAGGUGGCGACCGGCGGUCCUGGCGUGCUGUACCACGGCGCACUGGCCUCCGCCGCCGCCACCUUUGUGGGCCACUACCCCUGGUUCGCCACGUACAACUACCUCAAUGCGGUGCUACCAAAAGCGCCCGCGGACGAUCUCAAGGCGAAGCUGGGCCGCAGUGCAAUCAUGGGCUUCUGCAGCAGCUUUGUGAGCGACUGCUGCUCCAACUCCAUCCGCGUCAUCAAGACGACGAAACAGACGACACGCGAGCCGAUGUCCUACCCGCAAGUCGCCAGGAUGAUCAUUGAGAAGGACGGGGUUCUUGGCCUCAUGGGCCGCGGCCUCAAGACAAAGAUCAUCGCCAACGGCUUGCAGGGCAUCUGCUUCUCCAUCGUGUGGCGCAUGGGACAGGACUGGUGGGACGCGCAGCAGCAGCCCCAGAGCCAGGCGGCCGGGCACGGCGAGGAGCAGGCGGCAGGCGCGGCACCGGCGCACGUGUCGCAGGCGCGCGUGGCGGCGGCCAGUCCUGCGGAGUCGUCUGCGUCCGCAAAGUGAGGGACUGAGGGGCGCACACGCAGCUGCCGUGCCCCUCGUGCGGUGGCGUGACUCGGGAUGAGGGUGUAGGGAGGAGUGGAUGUGCGGGGGUGUACAAAUGCCCUGGCGGGGGAUUGUGGAGGCUUUGGGUGCUAUGCUACAAGGGGCGCGUCUGCGCGUGUGUGUGCGUGUGUGACAUAGCGAGAGAACCUGACAGACAAGCUUAUGUCACCACUCGGCUUAUGGUUUGCGGCACUGCUUGUUGAAUGUUGCUUUUUAUCAUGUUGAGGCCCGGUUAUUGUGUAGCAUGGAGGCUGCGUUGUUGCCUUCCUUGUUGACCAUGCCAAGUCGGGCAGUCGGAGCUUAUGGCAUGAGAGCGUCCUGACCGCCUCUGGCACAUAUGCCUGUGUGCAGUACAGCAGAGAGAUAGGUCAACCUGAUUUGGGCUGUCUUUCUUGUUAAUACCCCAGUAGCCAAGUUGCUGCUAUCGUUGCAGCUUUCAAGAUGGUGACAUAUAACAAAAUUAAGGAGGCUCCGAGCGGCAUCACCUGGGUGCGCACGGCUGCAAAUUGCGGCUGCUGUGGGACCCCAUAUAAAGCCAGUGACUUGUGAGUGUGGGGUGAAGCUAUGCUGACUGUGUUUCAUUGGUUGGCUGACGAGUUUGAGAGACCAGCUUGAGGGAUAGGCAUCGAGUGCGGCUGCGGUUCGAAUUUGUUAUCACAGAUGUGUGUGUUAUGUGAGCCCGAGGCCGGCAACGUGGGGGAACUCAGACAUAAGGGCAGGAACGAGUCCCAUGGGAGUUGUUGGCAGGUGACCCCACCCAUACGUGUUGUUGAAACGUGUGUUGACCGGGGGCCCAGCUCACAUGCGGCGCACAUACGGCGGGCGUACAUACUAGCAGGCACUCGAUGUUAGGAGAAGAACAGGAGGCAAAAUGGAGCUCUUACGAGAGCAAGCCUACUACGGUACUAGAGUAGGUCGUUGGCGUUGCAGGUGGCAUGCCCUGAGGUCCAGGGCAGAUAUAUAUCGCUCGCGACUCGCGUCAGCAAGUCCCUCUUGUAACCAAUACAAUGU